GUCGCGGUGACGUCACCAAAGCCGAGUAGAGCGAUUACGUCAGGGGGCGGCCCUGCGAAGUCGUCACGCUGGUAACCCGGAUGUUGAGAAGAAGCUGUGAGAAAAUCCGAUCUGGGCGAAGCAGCUCCUAAAAGGGAUUGGUGGCCAGGUGGAAGAACUUGGCCAGCAGUGGCUGGAUUUCCACGCACAGAUGUCCGAAGAGCUUUGAUCAGGAGGGAAGACUGCUGCAUGUGUUUUUCAGUUUUGUGUUUUGUGUUUUUUUAUUUUGGUGAUUCGGAAGCUCCCAUUCACACUCCAAGCUGGCGAUGUCAAGAGUGUCGAGUCCCCCUCCUCCCGCGGAAAUGUCAAGCGGGCCUGUGGCGGAGAGCUGGUGUUACACGCAGAUUAAAGUGGUAAAGUUUUCCUACAUGUGGACCAUCAACAACUUCAGCUUCUGCAGGGAGGAGAUGGGGGAGGUCAUCAAGAGUUCAACAUUCUCCUCUGGAGCUAACGACAAGUUGAAAUGGUGUCUGCGAGUGAACCCCAAAGGGCUGGACGAGGAGAGUAAAGACUACCUGUCUCUGUACCUGCUGCUCGUCAGCUGUCCCAAGAGCGAAGUGCGAGCCAAGUUCAAGUUCUCCAUUCUCAACGCCAAAGGGGAGGAGACCAAAGCCAUGGAGAGCCAGCGGGCAUACCGGUUUGUGCAAGGGAAGGACUGGGGCUUCAAGAAGUUCAUUCGAAGGGAUUUCCUUUUGGACGAGGCCAAUGGACUCCUGCCAGACGAUAAGCUCACCCUGUUCUGUGAGGUGAGCGUGGUGCAGGACUCAGUCAACAUCUCGGGACAGAACACCAUGAACAUGGUGAAGGUGCCGGAGUGCCGGCUGGCAGAUGAGCUGGGGGGGUUGUGGGAGAACUCUCGCUUCACAGACUGCUCCCUGUGCGUGGCAGGACAGGAGUUCCAGGCACACAAAGCCAUACUCGCAGCUCGUUCACCAGUUUUCAGUGCGAUGUUUGAACAUGAAAUGGAGGAGAGUAAAAAGAACCGUGUUGAAAUAAACGACGUGGAGCCCGAGGUUUUUAAGGAGAUGAUGUGUUUUAUAUAUACGGGCAAGGCCCCCAACCUUGACAAGAUGGCAGACGACCUGCUGGCGGCUGCGGACAAGUACGCUCUGGAGCGUUUGAAAGUGAUGUGUGAGGAUGCACUCUGCAGUAACCUGUCGGUGGAUAAUGCCGCAGAGAUUUUAAUCCUGGCAGAUCUUCACAGUGCAGACCAGCUGAAGAACCAAGCCGUGGACUUCAUUAACUACCACGCGGCGGACGUGAUGGAGACAUCUGGCUGGAAGUCCAUGGUGGUGUCUCACCCUCACCUGGUGGCAGAGGCUUACCGCUCCCUGGCGUCCGCACAGUGUCCCUUCCUGGGCCCUCCCCGCAAGCGCCUGAAGCAGUCCUAAUGCCUACCACCCCCUCCACCCCCCAUCAAUCCUCUCCCUCCUCCUGCACCCCGUCUACCAGAUCCUCCGAACCCCCCUCACCCACCUGAACCCCUUUUCCGUGUGAGAACUAUCGUGAUUUGAUUCUUGUGAAUUUGAUCAGAAACAAAAGUGCUGGGUCUGUACAAGGUGCCUUUGCAGUGUGGAGAAAAAGACUUUGCUGAGUUUAGAAAUCCACACGGAGACGGGAGAGGGGGACUGGACCUGGAUUCUCAUAGUGACCCGCUGCUUCCCAUAGUGUGUUUCCUUUUAGACGUCAGCUGUAUGGAACACCCUGCUGUUUGUUUCUUAAACUAGAGUGGCAGAGGAUGACGAUUAAGGAUAAAGACUGUUUUUAACAAGGAGAAAAGCAUUUAAAAAUAACAAGAAGUAUAAUAAUACAAAUCAACCAGAGGCUUUGAAGCAAAAACAAAAGCGUUGCGCUGUUUUAAACUUUGCACUACUUUUCCCUUUUUCUGAACUUGUCCCUUUUUGUCGAUUGCAAAAAAAAAGAAAAAUGGAUAAGCCAGGAUGCUGACACAACGAUUCCAAAAUGUAUCUCGAUUUGUUUUUAGUUUUGUUUCCUUUGAAAAAACAGAAAAACUAAAAAAAAAAAAAAAUAGUGUAAAUUCAUUUUGUGAUAUCUUUGUAUUGCGAUUUUCCUCAAGUAGUACUUGUGUAUUAAAUGGCAAUGAAAACAAAAGCUUAAAAAUUGAAAAGCAACAAUCAGAACAGCUCGGCCCAGACUUUUCAACUACAUUUUUUAUUGUUUUAAAAAAAAACACACUCACAGAAUGAAGUUUUUCCCCAGCAAUUUGUACAGAUUUUGAGCAAAAAAAAGUAUUUUACUUUUAUCUCCAUUAAAAAGAUUUCUUUUUUUUAUUUAAAGAAAAAAAAGAAUGAACACGUUUUAUUGUUCAGGAUGUGCAAGCUAUUUCGGUAAGAAAAAAAACACUUACAAGCUGUUUCUACAUGCAUAUUAGUUGCUGUUCAAAAGUGGAAUACAUUUAAAUAGUUGUAACAUUUUUGUUUGUUUUUGAAGAUAUAAAUUACAACUAUUUUGUAUUGUAUAGCAUUUGUGUCCUUUUGUGCGUUAUUUAUUUUUUUAUUUUUAAACAAAUGAAUCUGCUUCACACAGUGUCAUGGGGUAACUAUGAAGGUGGAAGUUGUUUUUUUAGAAAGUCCUGACCUGAUCUAUAAGACCUUCUUGGUGUGUGUAUUCAUUUUAAGUGACGAGUAGCCCUGUGGUGGCAUAUAGUGAAGAUAGGUGUGGUACACUUACUCUACUAUCUUGAGAACUGUGCAUUCAGUCUUGCACAAUCUUGGUAUGGGCAAUCGUUGCAGAAUUCUUACAGGUGUACUGGCCUAUACGUUGAGUUAAUGAAGGCUGUAUCUUCAGAAUGCCACAAUGUGUAACCCUAUAAUGCCCCUAAACGUAACCCUAAACAUUAGUGCUGGGACAAAUAUUCGAACGAAUAUUUUUUGACGUGUAUUCGAAUACAAAAAUCUGAUGUUCGUAUUCGCUAGAACGCGAUAAGUUUUAAAAAAAUGGCAAAUGAAAAAGAGCUCUGUGUGAUAUGUGAGAUUAAUAUAUAUAUAUAUAUAUAUAUAUAUAUAUAUAUAUAUAUAUAAAAAGAAUCAACACAGCAGCUCUCGAGCCUCUAUUUAAAAGUUUUAGACAGCAAAAAGUAAACAAACCAGAUUAUGCGCACACGCAUAGUGAUCUCUAUGGAAGGCCAUCUGGAUCAAAAAAGCGUUGUGCUGCUUUAGACCAAGUCAGAAUCUCAUGGGACAGAAAAAAGGCAAGCACGUCAUCCUGAAAUGCUUUGCUUAAACAGUACCCAGCUUCCAGAAAAUGUGUAGUGAUUAUUAUACAGACUGUAUAUAUUAUAUAUUUUUUGUUGCGACUUUCUGUCAUGUGGAAAGUAAUAAAUGAGAAUCAAAACGGUGAGUUUUUCACCCCUUCACUUUACAACGCCAUUUCCACGUUUGUUUUAUUUGAAGUGUUUAAAGUUCAAUUUCAGUUUUCGUUUGCUUGUUCAGCUACAAAAAGGCACAAGUAAACCUCAUGUAAAUGCGGUGUCAACUUUAUGUACUAUUUAUUUUGGGAAUAAACAAAACAACGUUUAAUUUGAA